AUGUCUAAUCCCAUGGAUUCGGAGGUAGGAUGGAAGGAAAGCCCAGCUGAAGACAUGAAAGACAGUCCGCCACGAUACGUGGACGCGUUUGGCGACGAGUCCAACGCCGAGGUCAAGUACAAGACCAUGGAGUGGUGGCAGACUGGAAUGUUUAUGAUUGCCGAGUCUGUUUCACUUGGUGUCUUGUCCCUGCCUGCGACUCUUGCCCAAUUGGGUCUCGCGCCUGCUCUCGUCCUGAUCAUCGGCUUGGGUCUUCUCGCAACCUACACCGGCUAUGUUAUUGGGCAAUUUCACCAGCGCUACCCUCAUAUACAGAACCUCGCAGACGCUGGUGAUGUUCUCUUUGGGGCAUUCGGACGCGAGCUGUUUGGCAUCGGUCAGCUGCUGUUCUCCAUCUUCAUCAUGGGAAGCCACAUCUUGACAUUCAGCGUCAUGAUGAACACCAUUACUGAGCACGGAACUUGCACCAUGGUUUUCACCACGGUUGGGUUCGUGAUCUGUAUGGUUUGCUCCCUUCCACGAACCAUGAAGAACAUGACUUAUAUCUCUUGCACGUCGUUUGUCAGCGUCUUCACUGCUGUCAUGAUCACCAUGAUUGGAGUCGGAGUCCAAGGCCGCGAUCCAUACACCAGCAUCAAAGCCACUGUUGACACGGACCUCUUCCAUGCCUUUACCGCCGUCACCAAUAUUGUCUUUGCCUACUGUGCCCACGUCGCCUUCUUCGGUCUCCUUGCCGAGAUGAGGGAACCUAGAGACUUUCCCAAGGCUUUGUACAUGCUCCAGACAUUCGAGAUCAUCUUCUAUACCGUUGCGGCUGUCGUGAUCUACUACUAUGCCGGUCAAACUGUUGAAUCACCUGCACUGGGCUCAGCUGGACCUGUGCUGAAGAAGGUUGCGUACGGUAUCGCCAUCCCAACAAUUGUUGGCGCGGGUGUUGUCAACGGCCAUAUAGGUCUCAAGUACAUCUACGUUCGCCUCUUCCGUGGAACGGACCGCAUGCAUCGUCGCGAUUUGGUCUCGUAUGGCUCCUGGGUUGCGAUCGGCUUGACCUGUUGGAUUAUCGCCUGGAUCAUCGCGGACGCCAUUCCCGUUUUUAGCGAUCUGCUGAGUCUUAUCAGCUCCCUCUUUGCCAGUUGGUUCAGCUACGGGCUUGGUGGAGUGUACUGGCUACACAUCAACAGGGGAAUGUGGUUCUCGUCCCCUCGAAAGAUUUUCCUCACUGCUCUCAAUGUCUGCAUUGUCUUGAUUGGCGGGUGCAUGUGUGGACUCGGUCUCUACGUUUCCGGCAAGGCUAUCCAUGAUGAUGCCUCGUCCAACAGCUUCUCCUGUGCCAGUAACGCAUGAUGCCGCCAGCACUACAAUGUGACAGUGUCCAUUGUGUACUAUAUUGCCUCUUCUCAAUAAAUGUUUUCUCUCCAUUACGUUGUUCGCAGUCUGAAAUUCAAGGGCAGAGCCCCAACAGUGUAUGUGAAAGUGUCUUUUGCAUCCCGAU